GUUUAACAGCUGUGCCUACAUGAGAAUUCGCAUUAUUUCAGCGCCAUUUUUAUCUUUGCGAUAAAUGAAAAUUAUUUUCAUUUUUAAUAAAUAGAGGAAUAAACAAAUGUCUUUGCCCAGCAAGCAGCAAGUUUUACGUUUAUAUAAGCAUUUAAUUCGCUACGGCAACCAAUUAAUUUAUACAGACAAAAAAUAUUUCUUAAAUAGAGUUAGAGCCGAAUUCAAAGAGAAUUGUAAGGAAACAAAUCCUGAAAAAAUCGAGUUCAGCUUUAAGAGAGGUGGAGCAUUAUUGCGUAAUGGGAGAGUGGUUUAAUCGAACGCACGUAAUCGUAAUGAAAUAAGCGCAAAUAUGUUAAAACCCUUAGU